GACGGUCAAAAAUGAAGUGUGUGACUUCGGAUCCGGCAGCUGUUGUAUGCGAUCGGUGUCAGAGACUGAGAAGACAGUGUGUAUUUGAGUCACACCGCAGGGGUCUGUGGAGGAGAGAUGUCUCGGGGAGAAGAGAAGACCGAGCACGUCCUAUAGAAGAGCCAAUGGAGGAUGGAUUGGCUUCUGGGUCCUCAGGGUCACAGCGCUUCUCAGAUACCCAAGUAUUCCAGGCCCCUGAUCUACCAAACCGGAGGAAUUCAUAUCAGAAUCGAGCUCCUGAGUCAGUCUCCGCGUCUUCCAGAUCUGAUCAGUCGCCAUUUACACCGGCAUCCUUUGUUGCAAAUUACCAGGAUACACGAGGGUUGUCACUAGGUGCGGCUCUGAAUUCAGACCGAUCGGUUGAAGGAGAGGCCGGACGCUCCAUGGAUAUGCUCCUCCAGCAUAAUUUACCCGAAGUAGUGAAUCCACCGAGGAAGCAUGAUCCUGUUGAUAUGGGACUCAUUAGUCGACCCUCUGCGCAGAAUUUGUAUGAGGGGUUCUUCAAGCACUUCAAUUGCCUCGUUGGACUACUCGAUCCCAUUCUCUACACUUUCUCAUACACAAGGCACAGGUCAAGUCUCCUGUUAACCAUGAUACUUACAAUUUCAUCACGAAUCUUCCAACCAGAGUCUCAUAAGCCUAUACGAGAUCAUGCUGAAGUUCUCCUUGGCCAAGCUUUACUUGCAUGUGACUCAGCAAUCGAGAACAUCUGGGCUAUAAUCUGCAUGUAUCAUUGGAAAGAUGCGAAUGACACCAGGGGCUAUACCCUGAUUGGGUUUGCGCUCCGGAUGGCGGCUUCAGCGGAAUGGAAUAUGACAAGACGAAGUGUCUCUUAUGACAUACAAGGACUCCAGGACUUGGGACAGCUGCAAGUGCGGCAAAGGAGAGACAAAGAUCGCGUAUGGCUGGCACUGGGGAACAUCGAUAGAACAUCGAGCUAUUUUACCGACCGACCACUGUCAACCACCGUCGUUCUUGAGCAUGUAGCCUCAAGACAGUGGAUGACCAUGACAGAAUGGACAUAUCCACUGGGAGACGGCAAGGCAGUUGGUGGCCAUGAGUUGACAGGCAUUGCCAGCAAGGUUUAUGAGAGCAUGAUGAGAACUCGUGUCGACUCUCGUGUUUCUCCGUCAUCACUCGAUUUCGAGACGUUUCAGAAAGAUAUGGAUGACUUUAAUAACAGGAUUGCUGCAUGGGGAGACUACUGGCAGGCUACAUUCGCUACGUUUCCCAACCCGGAGCCUUUCCAAACAUCUCUGAUCUACCUCUUUAGAGAUUACAUGCGCCUUUACUUCAACUCGGUAUUUCUACAUCGAAUGCUCGUCUCAGAAAACAGAUCUACGCCACAUGAUCUCAUCACUCAUACAGCUCGAAUUUGUUACUGUAGCGCAUUGAGCGUACUGCGACAGGCUAUCGAAAUGGGAGAGUUGGACAUCAUCUACUACCUUUGGGAUACAGCUCACCUGAUGAUCGCCUAUUCAGCCAUGAUGAUCCCAAAGCUAUUAAGACAAGAUAUUGACGAGUCAUCAAUCUCGAAGAACGAAGCUAUUAAUACGAUUACUCAAGUUACGUCUGCAUACGUCAUUGCAGCCAAGUCAAUGGGCCACUCUGAUCCACAGAACAACGCUGUCUUAGCUCAAUCUCGUCUCCUCUCCGCCAUUCUAGCGCGACUGAAAGCCGAACUGACGCAAACAAAUCCCGACAUGAUAUCUGUGGCCAUGCCAGACAAUAUCUCUAUCUCGGGCCUCUCCUGGAUCGAAGACCAGCUGAACAGAUCCACGUUAUUCUCCGAUGGAAGAAUGGAACCGCCGUUGUCGGAGUACAUUGAUAUGGAUACCCAGACCGUGGGGCAGCCCGAAGACAUGAGCUCGUUCAUCCCGCAAAUGGAUGAGGAGCUUGAUCUCAUGUUAGAUGACGAUUUCAUGAGCUCGAGAUAUUUUGAGGUUGGGUUGCUGUCAUGGAGUGAGCCGGGCAUAUUCAUACAGCCUCAUUAGCCUCACGAGACCUGAUUUUGUAAAGUAGUAGUAUGUAGCAACCUGUAUUUCUGUCCUAG